AAGAAGCGCUAAAAUGAAAUUUUGGGCGCCAACAUUUUUCCCCCAAAAUAACUAUUUUGAUGGAACAUCGUAAGGGUUUCAAUAUCUCUCUCUCUAUCUGAUGAUGAUGAAGGCCAAAACAAUUGCUAGGCUGAUCAUCUCAUCUCUUCUCUUCGGUUGCCAGGGUUACUGAACCAAUCGACUACUAGGUUUGUUUCUUCUUCCUCUCUCUCUCUCUCUCACUCUCUCUCUCUCUCUCUCUCUUCUGAAUCUUUGAUUUGCCUCAUCGGUCUUCAAAACGACUCGAGGAGCUCAAACUCAAGAUGGUGGCCAACUGUGUGUUAAGCGAACAAGCUCAUGGAGCUGCAGCUGGAAAGUCUGGUGAAACUGAAGUCAAACCGUUGCAGACGAUUUCAACGCAGAUUACAGAUCAUGAUUUUAGAGGCACAGAACUGUCAGACAUUAACGAGAAGCCUUUGGAGGACCAAGCUGUUCCAGAAGAUCAACCAGCAAGGCCAAAAACUGAGAUGAAAAACCAGGAAAAUUUAGGAUCUGAAGUCAAUCCAUCUGGGGAUUCCUGGUCCGAUUCGUGCCUAGAAUUUGCAUUUAAGACACUUACAGGGGCACUAGCUGUAAAGGGUUAUUGUAAUUUCCUCCCCGAAGAAAAGUUGCUGCAAGCAGUAAAAGUUGGUCAGGUUGUUUAUCUAAGUGGGACUGCAAGUUAUCUACUAGGAAUGAGUGGACGUAUUGCAGCUCAAGCAGAUGAAGCAAGCAACCCAAUCAAUGUGAAGAAUCUAUCUUUGGGUUGGAUGAUUGGUUUUCUUUUUCUUGUCAGCUUUGUUGGUCUCUUUUCAAUUGCACCCCUUAGAAAGAUGAUGAUACUCAAGUACAAGUUAACAUACCCUAGUGGAACUGCAACUGCCUACCUCAUCAACAGCUUUCACACUCCUAAAGGAGCCAAACUAGCCAAGAAACAAGUAAUGAUGCUAUUCUAUUCCCUCUGUGGUAGCUUUACUAAUGCACUUUUUCAAUGGUUCUUUACUGCUGCUGAUGGCUGUGGAUUUAGUAACUUUCCCACCUUUGGUCUCAAAGCCUUUAGCCAAAGGUUAGCUCUUUCUCAACUUUUCCUAAUAAUCAUUUUAUUAUUUUAUUACUUACUGCUUGUUUAAGUAAUAUUAGUGAAAGGAAAAUGAUUUGAAAAUGAAUGAUAUUUUUGAAUUUAUGAGAAUCAUAUAUAAAAACUAUGUUUAUGUAUCAUUAUUCUUAUUGAAAUUAGUGAUAGGAGGAUGGAAUGUCCUUUGGGAUGGAAGGCUUUA